UAAAGCUCGGACAAAUAAGCAUGUGCCAAUUGUGGAUGUUAUUAAUUGUUCUAUUCGCUUUGUCUUUACUCUGUUGCGGGGAAAAUAGUGAAGGCGAUGAGGAAAUUGAACAGCCGAAAUGCGGGAUGACUUCACCGUUUCCCUUGGAUUUGGUUGUAAAAACUACUGAAGGUCAAGCAAAGCCUGGGGAAUUCCCCUGGACCAUAGCCUUGAUCUCUAAUGAAACAUUUAUUGGUGGUGGAUCACUAAUUGCUCCAAAUAUUGUGCUCACAGCUGCCCACAUCGUCCUAAAUAAGUCAGCACAGGAUAUUAUUGUGAGUGCCGGCGAGUGGGAAUACGGAAAAGCUUUAGAACAAUACCCAUUUGAAGAGGCGAAUGUGGUGAAAAUUGUGAGCCAUGAGAAGUUUCAUUACAAAACGGGAACCAACAACUUGGCUCUCCUCUUUCUCGAUCAGGAAUAUAUGAUAACCUAUCGUAUUAACACGAUCUGUUUGCCCAGAAAGAACUGGGCAUCGAAUGACAGUCGCUGCUUUGUGGCUGGCUGGGGCAAGAAUGGAUUCAGGGAUCAUUAUUAUCCAACCGUACUGAAGAAAGUAGAAAUGCCGAUCGUGCCCUGGUACACUUGCCAGGAUCAGCUGCGAAAAACAAGGCUGGGCAGCAGGUAUGUGUUGCCCGCAGGAUUAAUUUGUGCCGGUGGCGAAGAGAACAUUGAUUCCUGCACCGGCGAUGGCGGUGGCGCACUUUUCUGUCCAAUGGCCGAAGACCCCCAGCGAUUUGAGCAGAUUGGCAUUGUUAACUGGGGCAUUGGCUGUAAGCAAAAAGACGUACCCGGUGUUUAUACUUAUCUGCCCGACUUUAGGCAAUGGAUUGAUCAACAAAUUGAAGCCAAUCAAUUCUUAAACGAUAUUAUAAAUGAAUAAGCACAAAUCAUAAAAAAUCUACAUAUUUUCAAUCUAAACACAGAAACAAAAUAUGUAUGUACACAGAGCUUUUUGUUUUUCUUUAACCAAAUAAAUUCGAUUCUUAUA